CAGGCGGUUCACGUGUCUGCAGUGCGGUCGGGGGUUCGUGCAGAAGUGCAGUUGGCGCAGUCACAUGCGUACUGUACACGGAGAGAUAGAUGAUAAGGCAACGUCUAGGACAUAGAUUAGAGCAAGAUGCAAGAUGUCAAUGUACUUUCGAGGUGUCGGCCAUCAGUUGAUCAUCAAAAGUGAAAUAACCGACGAUGCCGCGAAGAGUCACAGUAAAGUUGAGAAACUAGUUAAGUGCAAGGAAAACAAACGAUGUACCAAAAAGAUCAAUAGAAAUCUCCCAGCUCCAGACACUGUAAAGGCUGUAACUAAAAUACCUAACGUAACAGUCAAAAGGCUAUCAAAGACUGUAAAAAGGCCCGCAGCAAUUCCAAAAAAUAAAACCAUUGUAAUUAAAAUAUCUGGCAAUACUUUAAAAGAACUACCCAAAGCUACCCAAAUAGGGGACAAGCCUAGUCUAAUAACAGAAAAAUCCAAACACUAUACCAAUUUUGAAGCUGUGUUAGCACAUUCGACUGCAACGCCGAUUCGAAGCCACGACGGGUUUGCCUAUACGUGUUGCUUUUGUACGGAGCAGUACACUGAUCCAGCUGAACUGAAACAACACACAUUAACAACACAUGACAACAUUGACGAAAGACGAGAUUUCAUGAAGAAACAAUGCACCUUUGAUUAUUUACUCAAACUUGAUAUUACUCUAUUGAAAUGUAAAGAAUGUGACAAAAACAUUGACACAUUGGAAGGAUUAUUUGAUCAUUUGCAAAACGAGCACAAAAAGCUCAUCUACACUGAUGUGAAGAAUCAAAUGAUUCCAUUUAAAUUUAACGAUGAAGAACUGAAAUGUGUCGUUUGUUCUCUCGUCUUCAGCAAAUUCAAAGUCCUUUUAGAACACAUGCACACGCAUUUCAGGAAUUACGUAUGCGAAGUUUGCGAUUACGGAUGUAUCAGUCGCAGCAGGAUGUACCACCAUAAAGAAUCACAUGAUGUGGGGUCCUUCGGAUGUACCAAGUGCGAUAAAGUAUUCGAAACUCGGCCGAGUUUGAGAAAGCACAUGAAUAUGAUCCAUAUAUUUAUGAACAUGCCGUAUAAAUGCGCGAUCUGUAAUAUGAGAUUCAAGCACGGCACGGUUAAAGACACGCACAUGGCUACCGUGCAUGAUAUCAAACCAGUGCUACAACAGUGCAAAGCUUGUGACAAAACGUUUACCACCCGAAAGUGGUUACACUUGCACAUUAAGAGAUACCAUUUAAUGGAGAAACCUUUCCCAUGUACCGACUGCGGUAUGAAUUUCGCCACCCGAUCGGACCUAAAGAAACACGUGUUAAUAAAACACACUGGCAAACGGGACUUCCAAUGUGACGUUUGCGUGAAACGGUUCACCUCGGGUAAAAUUUUGAAGGACCACAUGAAACGCGUUCAUAUGAAACAACUUGUUCCUUGUAUAGAGUGCGAUACGAGUUGCACUUCCGAAGCUCAGCUGAACAAGCACAUGCUACUGAAACACUCUGGCAGAAAGGUCUUUCAAUGUGAAAUUUGCACGAAAUGGUUUACGUCGAAAAAAAUUGUGAAGCAGCAUGUGAAACGCAUCCAUAUGAGGCAUAGGCGGUAUACGUGCGUGCGGUGUGGUAGAGAUUUCGUACAGAGGCGCAGUUUCCACAAUCAUCUGCGUACCAUUCACGGAGAGAUCGGAGAGAUAGAUGACGAGACAAUGUCUACGACGUAAACUGAAAAGGAUGCUUUUAGUUACUCUCAGAUAUCAUAAAGUAGUUAAUUAAUUAUUAUUUUAGGGUUCCGUACCUCAAAAGGAAAAACGGAACCCUUAUAGAAUCACUUUGUUGUCUGCCUGUCUGUCCGUCCGUCGUGUCUGUCAAGAAAACCUAUAGGGUAGUUCC